UCUUCCAGCACAGAUUUUCCUUGGAGAUGACUUGCUAAAUUAACUGCGCAUGCUUAUUGUAGUAAUGACUGUAUCCUUUGGGGUUUUUUGCACAGGAUUAGACAAUGCUCUGAUCUGUGUUGUAAGAAACAGCUUUUCAAGAGAACACCCAUCUGCUGGCAACACAGUCACCCCCGAGCAAGAAGCUGACCAAGAACACGUACUAACUGGGAACGCCUCAAGCAACGCAUCUACCAACUCCUACCUUCCAAAGCUUGAGGGUUUCAUGCGAAGGGAGCUAGGCAUUUCACAGUUCAUGACACGUGGACAUGCAGAUGUUCCUGAAAGGAUUAAAAAUAGACCUACUUCAUCUGAAAAAGUGCUGGAAAAACUCAGCAAAAUUUUGCAGACAGAUUCACUUAUUGAGAUCCAAAGAUGGUUCGCAAGGGCAAGUAAAAAAGAGAAAGACUUCGUGUCCAGUCUGAUUUCUUCAGAACUGCAUGACAAAGGCAUGCUGAAUUUUAAGGAAAGUACUGCAGAGACCAUGAAUAGCCUGAGUCUGCCAAAGCUUCCUCCUCCUCUUCUGAGAUGUCCAGAAGGGGAAAUGAAUCAGUCCAGGUAAAAUCUGCAGUGAGCUUGCUACGAUUAGGGAUAAGUUAAACCUCAUAACCAGAAACACCGUAAGCAUCACAAAGUUUUAAGAGCGCUUGAAAUCCCUUUGAGAAAAAUCUCCUGUAUAUUGCAGCACACAGUUUAUAUCAGUUGUAAAGUUAGACAUUCGUUCUUUUUCACUCAGGUCUUCGUCUAAAGAAUCAGUGGCCAGUCGAAAC